AUGAGGUUCGUUUUUCCCUUCUUCUCUGUGCACGAAGAAGUGUCUCCAACUAUGAAGCUCUUUCAACAAAUAGAUCUUGACAGGAAUGGUUUAAUCUCGAAAGAGGAUGUCAAAUGUUUUUUGAAACAAUUUAACGUUAAAAUUACUAAAAACAAUUUGGAUAUUUUAGCCGAGAGUUUCCUUGAGCGGUGUAACAUUGCAUCUGAUGGUUAUGUGAAUUUUAAACAAUUUGCCCACUAUGUACACGAGCAAGAUAGGCACUUAUCUCCCAUCUAUGCUCAAAUGGACCGCAAUAUGCAGGGCAAGGUCGAUCUCAUGGACAUCCAAGCGUAUUUUAUGAAACUUGGUAUUCCACUUGAGCCAACUGAAGCCAAGGGCCUUCUACGCCGCAUGGACAAGAAUAAUGAUGAUCACAUCGAGUACGAGGAAUGGCGAAAGUUUCUGCUAUUCCUCCCAAUUUGUGACCUAGCUAGUGUCACGCAAUUUUGGCGCCAUGGUGCCAUCCUUGAUUUAUCUGUUGAUCCGGUGGUUGCAAUACCCCAGUUUAUGAAACAUGAACACGCAUUUAGACGGGACAUCCUGCAGCUGGGUGCUGGCGCUACAGCAGGUGUUGUCUCACGAACCUGCACGGCUCCAAUCGAUCGAUUAAAGGUGAUGAGACAGGUUUAUGGAUACAAACACAAGCAAAGUGGAUUCGUUCAGGCGUACCGCUAUAUGCUGCGAGAGGGUGGUUUCUUGUCACUCUGGCGUGGCAACCUCAUCAAUUCGGUGAAGGUAGCUCCCGAAACUGCGGCAAAGUACACAACCUACGAGCGGUAUAAGCGCCUUCUAAUGGACAUGGAUGAAAAUGGAUUCUUUGACCGACAUCCAGUCAUUACCAAGUUCGUUUCUGGGUCUCUUGCUGGCGUCACCGCUCAAACUGCAGUCUAUCCAAUGGAGGUCUUGAAGACACGCAUGUGCCUCCGAAAGACGGGUCAGUACUCAUCUGUGAUCGACUGUGCAAAGCAAAUUUAUGCAGAACUAGGUGUGCGCGGUUUUUUUCGUGGCUACGUGGUCAAUUUCUUUGGUGCCAUUCCCUAUGCCGGAAUAGAAUUGGCUACUUACGAGAACGUGUUCUUGUCCAACUUAAGUGCAUCUCUGUAUCUACAUCCACCAUCCCACACCAUUCCGUUCAUCGCAGCGACCGCCUCGAUGCUUGGCAUCGUAACCACGUAUCCGGUGGCUCUGUUGCGCGCCAAGAUGCAGGCCUCGUGCCACUGGAAGCAGCCCAUCUUCGGUGAGGGCGUGCCCCACCCACCCCUCACCGUUCCGUCCCUCCUACGCGCCAUCUGGCGCGACGAUGGUGUCGUCGGCUUCUACCGCGGUCUCGGCGCCAACCUCAUCAAAGUCCUCCCGGCCACGGCGAUCUCCAUGCUCACCUACGAAACCAUCCGGCGGGAGGCCAACCUCGGCCCGAUGGGGUCUGGAUAUCUGAAUCCGUUUAAAGUAGAAUCGCUGAUACUGGCGACAUUUCGUGGCGGCAUACUUAAUAGACCUGGAAAGGCGAUCACCUAUUGGACAAGUGCUCUUGAUGAAGGGUAG